AGAACGACAAAGGGAUCCAUUGUUUGAUAAAGCGUUCCGUGGAGAAAGGACAGUUUUUGAAGAGAAAUUUUUUUAUUUAAUUAUUCGCGUAACAUAAACUAACCCACCGACUGUAAGCAAUCGUUUAUUAAGUGUUCCGAUACUAAAGAAAUCGAAGCGAUUUCGACACUUCAAUUCAACUAAUUUGUGUCACACUGUAACCGUUAACGCGUCGUUCCAAAAAUUCUCCAAGGUACAUAUCUGCAUUUCGUCAACGUGCUCAAUUAUGUCCGACUCAGAAAACACCGAAACGAAGAAACGCGGAGGAAGAGCAGUCGAAGGAAAGACGCUGUCGACACCGAAAAAGCGUGCCCGCUCGCCGGCACCCAGUAAAAAGGAUUCAGACAGCGAUACACCACCAGCGAAAAAACGCGGGCGCGGUCGACCAAAAGGAAGCAAAAAAAAUGGCAGUGCAAAGGGAAAUAAGAAAGGUGCUGCAAGUGCUAAUAAAGGACGCGGCAGACCAAAAUCGAAGAAAAACGAAUCCACCGAAGAGGAAGAGUCUGAUGAUGAUGAUAAUAAUGAGGAAAACGAAAAUGAAACUGGCUCUGACGCUUGAAUUCUUUUUUUCUUUUUCGAAACAAAACCAAAUUACCACAAAAAUAUUGAUCUCAAAAAUCGAGGUAAAUGUGAAUUGAUGUCUUUUAGCCCGUAGAAACGUUAGAAACAGAAAAUCAAAGAAAAAAAAACAUUUUUAAGCUUAAGAUGUUUGUCAUUUCUAUUUGAGAAAUUAAAUAACUUCUGAUCAAA